AAAAUGGUCAAAUGAAAAGGGACAUUUCUUUCAGUUGUUGCCCAUUUGCUCCACUUCCUUCUUUCAUUUCGCAUCUGCAUGCGUUCUAGUGUGGAUCUAGGCAAAGUGUGAAAGGCAAUACAAAGCAUUAAUAUCUAAGCUCAAAAGUAGUCUUUUAGCAUGUUUAUUAAACAGAUUAUUAUUCAGGGUUUCAAGUCCUAUAAGAAUCAGACUGUAAUUGAACCCUUCAGCGAUCAACAUAAUGUCAUUGUGGGUCGCAAUGGUUCUGGCAAAAGUAACUUUUUUGCAGCCAUUCGCUUUGUCUUAAGCGAUGCAUACACCAACAUGGGCCGUGAAGAACGACAAGCCCUUCUACAUGAAGGUUCGGGUGCUGCAACAAUGUCUGCCUAUGUUGAAAUUAUCUUUGAUAACAGUGACAACCGCUUUCUGACCGGCAAAGACGAGUUGAUCAUGCGUCGUACCAUCGGCCUCAAAAAAGACGAAUAUUCAUUGGAUAAGAAGAGCGCAACAAAGGCAGAUAUUAUGAACAUGCUUGAGAGUGCAGGAUUUUCUAGGUCAAAUCCUUAUUAUAUUGUUCCACAAGGAAGAGUUACCUCACUUACGAAUGCUAAAGACAAUGAACGACUUCAGCUUCUAAAAGAGAUAGCAGGAACUCGAGUAUAUGAGCAACGAAGACAAGAGAGUUUGAAGAUUAUCAGUGAGACAGACACAAAACGACGAAAUAUUGAGGAACUACUUGAGAACAUUGAACAGCGCUUGGAGGAACUAGAGGAAGAGAAAGAGGAACUAAAAUUAUAUCAAGAGCAUGAUCGUCGUAGAAGAUGUCUGGAAUAUAAUCUCUACAGUCGUGAGCUGAAGGACGUUAAUGAUGCGCUUGAAGAGAUGGAGGAGAGUCAUAGACAAAAUCUGGAUGGAUCGAAUAUGCAGCGACGCGACUUUCAAGAAAAGGAGGCGCUAAUAAUUGCUCUAGAGCAGGAGAUUGGCAUGCAGAAGCAACAUAUCGAGUUACUGCAGGCGGAGAAGAGGCAGUUAGACUAUGAACUUGAGUCUCAAAUCAAAGCCAAGGCGCAGAUCGAACUUGAAAUCAAAGAUCAUGAAGAUAAUGCAGAAAUGGGCACGAAUACCAGAAAACGCAAUCAAGAAGAGUUGAGGGUUGUUGAGCUUGACAUUCAAGCAAAAGAACUUGAGCUUUCACAAGUCACCCCGGAGUUUCAAGCCCGCAUGGAAGAGGAGCGUCAGCUCCGCGAGGAGCUACAGCAAGUAGACUUGCAGCGCCAAGCACUCUAUUCAAAGAAGGGGCGCGCCGGUCAGUUUACAUCCAAGGCCCAGCGUGAUGAGUGGAUUCGUACAGAAAUGGAGGAAAUCCAGCAGUCUCAUAGUCAGUUGACAUCUCAAGCAGCUUUGUUAGAGAAAGAUCUCUCAGAACUCAGGUCACGACAGACGAAUGCCACUGAGAGUAUUCAGGCUGUACGUGAACAAGAGGCAGUGCGGCGGAAUGAAAGCGAAAAGCUUGUACAAGAAUUAGGUGCUCUAAAAACAGAACGAGAUCAGUUGACAGACAAGAGAAAGGAUCUAUGGCGUGAGGAUGCCAAGAUGGAAUCGACCUUGAACAAUCUUCGUGAAGAGCACCGUAAAUCAGAGAGAGCUCUGGGCGCUUCGAUAGAUAAACACACCAGUGCGGGUCUUGCGGCUGUCACUAGAAUUGCCAAAAGCUUAAAUCUAGAUGGGGUCUAUGGCCCUCUCUAUGAUCUUUUUGAUGUUGAAGAUCAAUAUGGCAUUGCCGUGAAUGUUAUUGCUGGGGCUAGUUUAUUUUACGUUGUCGUGGAUAAUGAGAUCACUGCAACACGUGUUCUUGAGGCUUUGAACAAGGAGAAGGCAGGCCGUAUUACGUUCAUGCCUUUGAGCCGGCUCAACCCUAAAUCAUCAACCUAUCCAGAAGCUAAUGACGCAAUUCCUAUGAUCAAGAAAUUGAAGUUUGAUCCCAAAUACACAAGGGCGUUUGAGCAAGUUUUUGGUAGAGCAUUGAUUUGUCGCACGCUUGAGAUUGCUGCCACCUAUUCUAGGAGCUACGGUUUGAACGGAGUGACGCUCGAUGGUGACCAAGUUGAUCGCAAAGGAGCACUUACGGGCGGUUAUCAAGAUAACCGCAAUUCACGACUGAACUUGAUUAAGAUUAUCAAAUCCUUCAAUUCAAAAUACCAAGCGGCUUCAGAGCGCAGCCAAGUAAUCAAAAAGGAAAUAACGAACCUGGAUCAGGCCAUUACUGGCAUACUUAACAAAAUACAACUGAUUGAUGUGCGCAGGAAACAAUUGGCCGACAAACGUGAGACUCUGGCAACAGAAUCCAGGUCGCUAAUUAAAGAUGAGGCAUCAUUAAAAGAGUCAAUUGAAGCCAAGGAGAAGGCACACCGUAAUCUGGUAGCUGAUCUCAAGAUUUUGGAGGCGCAAGUGGGAACCCUAGAGAAGGAACUGAAUUCUGAAAUGGUACAAACUCUAUCCGAUGCAGAAAAUCGCUUGUUGAGUGAACUAACCACAAAAAUGGAUAAUAUGAAGGAGAGGCUCUCUGCAUUUGCAUCUGAAAGAUCCAAGGUCGAAACUCGAAAAAACAUCCUUGAAAUCACAUUGGGGUCAAACCUAAGGCCGCGCUUCAAUGAAUUGCAAGAUAAGGUUGAGAGCGGCAUGGCGUUGGACGACGACGCCCUCGAAAAGCAUCGCCAUGAUCUCUCCUCGAUCCUUAAAUCCAUACAAGAGAUUUCUGAUCGCAUCCGAGAAAUUGAUGAUGAGCUUGAAGAGACUGACAAGACCGUUUCAGACAAAGAAUCUGAAUUGGAGAAGCUUCACACUGAACAACAAGAAGAAUCAAGGCAAAUGCGCAGGAUACAAAAAGAUGUUGAAAAGCAUGCUUCCAGACGAAAUCUUUUAUUGCGCCAGAAGGAAGAGUGCACUAAGAACAUUCGUAAUCUUGGUGUCUUGCCAGAAGAUGCCUUUGAAAAGUACAAGAACGUUGCAUCAGAAAAGCUUCUCAAGCAAGUGUAUAAAGUGAAUGAAGAGCUAAAGAAGUAUGGGCAUGUCAAUAAGAAGGCAUUUGAACAGUACAGCAACUUCACAAAGCAGCGGGAUUCUCUCAAUCAACGCAAGGACGAGCUGGAUGCCUCAGAGGCUGCUAUUCGUGAGUUGAUCCAAACACUAGAUCAACGCAAAGAUGAAGCAAUCGAGCGUACAUUCAAGCAAGUCGCCAAAAAUUUUGCGGAUGUAUUUUUGAAGCUCGUACCCGCUGGUCGCGGACGACUGAUCAUGCAGCGCAAGACGGAUCGACAGGCAGCAGACAUGGACGACGAAGAUUCAGACAGUGAUGGGGACCAUGAAACAUCUGCAAUUGAUAAUUAUACAGGCGUUGCAAUUCAAGUGUCAUUUAAUAGCAAGAUGGAUGAAGGAUUGAGGAUGCAACAGCUCUCUGGAGGGCAAAAAUCGCUUGUGGCUCUCACGUUGAUCUUUGCGAUCCAGCAAUGUGAUCCAGCACCGUUCUAUCUAUUUGAUGAGAUUGACGCUAACUUGGAUGCAGCCCAUCGCACUGCAGUGGCGGCCAUGAUCCAUUCGCUUUCAGAACAGGCGCAAUUUAUCACUACGACAUUCAGGCCAGAGAUGCUAGCAAACGCGGAUAAGUUUUAUGGUGUUAACUUCCAGGACAAAGUAUCUGUAGUGAAUGCAAUCACAAAAGAGGAGGCGCUUAACUUUGUCGAACAGGAACAAGCGCGUUAAAGGGGAACAUUACAAGUGCUACUGAACAUUAGAAUCCUUUCUACAUUUGUGAAAUAAAUUGCUG